AUGGAUGGGGAACCAAAAUUGCAGGUUUCCUCGCGAGAGAAACUUCCAAAUUCGCGACCGACAGAGCGGGCCUUCGACAGUCCCGAUGAAAUUGAUGAAAAAGAUCGGGGCAAGGAGGUGAAAUUAGGGCUUACAGUUCAGACCCGGUCAGGCGACCCCCUACGCCGAGGGGGACGAGCGAGAGGCGCGUUCAACUGGGCACGGGAGGAGCGGACCUCGUCGCCUGGGAGGGAGAGCUCGUCGCCGGCGGCGGCCUCGCGGGGGGAGGACGCGCGGCCUCGGCGGCGGAGGCGGACGACGGCGACGGGGAAAGAGGGUGCGGCCCGGCCCAUCUACCGCCGUGACAUUCGUCAAACCCUAGCCCGCUCCGACCCACCGUGCCGAGGCAAAUCGAGCCGUCCAUCCCGCGCGGAGAGGCGAUCUGCGCCGUCCAGAUACCGCCCGCUGCCUACAUAUAAGCCGCCUCCGCCAGCGGCCGCCGUCGCGUCGCCCUCUCCCACACGAAGCCCCCCACCCAACCCCCGAGCUCCUCGUCUCCGGCGGCGGAAGGAAGCAGCGGCAGCGGCAGCCAUGGUGAAGGGACGCACUGGGCAGCGCGUCAGGCUCUACGUCCGGGGCACCAUCCUCGGGUUCAAGAGGUCCAAGUCGAACCAGUACGAGAGCACGUCGCUGGUGCAGGUCGAGGGGGUGAACACCAAGGAGGACGUGGCGUGGUACGCCGGGAAGCGCCUGGCGUACGUGUACAAGGCCAAGACCAAGAGCAACGGCACCCACUACCGCUGCCUCUGGGGCAAGAUCACCCGCCCGCACGGCAACUCCGGCGUCGUCCGCGCCCAGUUCAAGUCCAACCUCCCCGCCGAGUCCAUGGGGCGCAAGGUCAGGGUGUUCAUGUACCCGAGCAGCAUCUAAGGUUUUUUCGAUCUAGGGACAGUAAUGCUUGUUUCUUGUGAUUGUCAUGAGCUGAGAAAUGUCAUUUUAUGGUGAAUCUAUGCUAUGUUGGCAACCGAAACUGAUCAUGUAUUCCGAGAACCUGUGGAAGUUUUGGCUAGACUUGUUUGUCAAAUGUGCGGACCAUUUUAGUAUAUUUCUAUAUCAGCACUAAAGCGUAAUUUGUCAUGA